AUGCAGACUGCUUCUACAAACAUUUGUGAAAGACUGUUCAAUAAGUCCAUCCGUGAAAUUUCCUGGCUACUAAAUAAACCACGAUCAACUGUUAGUGGUAUUAUAACAAAGUGGAAACAACUGAGAAGAACAGCAACUCAGCCAUGAAAUGGUAGGCCACGUAAAAUGACAGAGCGGGGUCAGCGCAUGCUGAAGCACACAGUGCGCAGAAGUCGCCAAAUGUCUGCAGAGUCAAUAGCUAAACACCUCCAAACUUCAUGUGACCUUCAGAUUAGCACAACAGUGCGUAGAGAGCUUCAUGGAAUGGGUUUCCAUGGCCGAGCAGCUGCAUCCAAAUCUUACAUCAUCAAAUGCAAUACAAACUGUCGGAUGCAGUGGUGUAAAGUAUGGCGCCACUGGACUCUA